ACCAUUCUUUCUUCUUUCUCAACGCCUCACUCAUUUUGUGACUUUGGGAUCUUUUUUGCAAAAAUGGCCACAACUGGAAAGGUCAUCAGGUGCAAGGCUGCAGUGGCCUGGGAGCCCAACAAGCCUUUGGUGAUUGAAGAGAUUGAGGUAGCCCCACCCCAGGCUAAUGAGGUCCGCAUCAAGAUUGUGGCGACUGGGUUGUGCCAUACAGACCUGUACCACCUGUUUGAGGGUAUGCAUAAAGAUGGCUUCCCAGCUGUCCUUGGACAUGAGGGAGCUGGUAUCGUUGAGAGUGUCGGGCCUGGAGUCACUGAAUUUCAGCCAGGCGACAAGGUGAUUCCACUGUUCCUCUCCCAGUGUAGAGAAUGUCGCUUUUGUAAGAGUCCUAAGACCAACCAGUGUGAAAAAGGAUGGGCUGUUGAUCGUUAUGACGUGAUGGCAUUGGAAGACACCAGGUUCACCUGUAAGGGGAAGAAGGUGCUGCAGUUUUUGGGAACCAGUACCUUCUCCGAGUACACAGUGGUUAACCAGAUUGCUGUGGCAAAGAUCGACCCCACUGCCCCUCUGGACAAAGUCUGUCUCCUCGGCUGUGGGAUUUGCACUGGUUAUGGAGCAGCAGUCAAUACUGCUAAGGUGGAACCAGGCUCCACAUGUGCUGUGUUUGGCCUGGGAGCUGUAGGUUUGUCUGCAGUCAUGGGCUGCAAGGCUGCAGGAGCCAAGAAGAUCAUUGCAGUUGACAUCAAUCCAGAGAAGUUUGAGAAGGCCAAGGUGUUCGGUGCGACCGACUUUGUGAACCCUAAGGAUCAUGAUAAACCCAUCAGCCAAGUGCUGACAGAGAUGACCAAUGGAGGAGUGGACUACUCACUGGAAUGUACUGGGAAUGUGGGAGUCAUGCGCAGUGCCUUGGAGUCUUGUAUAUGGGCUUGGGGUGUCAGUGUGAUAGUUGGCUGGACAGACCUGUAUGACUUUGCUGCCCGACCCAUUAAACUCAUCAGUGGACGCACAUGGAAGGGCUCCUCCUUUGGAGGAUUUAAGAGUAAGGAUGGUGUGCCUGAAAUGGUUAAGGCCUACCUGAACAAGAAGGUGAAGCUGGAUGAGUUUAUCACUCACAACAUGAGUUUGGUCCAGAUCAAUGACGCCAUUGAAUUGAUGAAGCACGGCAAAUGCAUCCGGACGGUCCUGAGUGUUUCUCCAUGAGACCACUGUGUUGCUUUCAAAUGUAGCAAAAUCAUUUAUACACACAAUGUGCAUGAUAAACAGAUCUUUCUAUUGAUGCACAAUACUGUAUACAUGCCUGAAAACCUAAACAUGUCACAGUGUUUAUGGAGUUAAAUAAAUGGCCUAAACAGA